UUUAACCUAAAAUGUGGAGGCUCAAUUUUGUAGAAUUUAUGUAAAACAUUUUGUAAAAAAGAGUCAAAUUUCCGUCCAUCUGUCAAGAAGGAAAAAGGAAGAGACGCUGAUCGAAGAAAAAGGCGACAGAAUUCCUCAUUUCGAAGAAGCUUGAAUUUCGUAGUUCACCGCCGACUUCGAAGCUUUCAAUCUAUAAGAACUCCUGUAUGAAGUCUCGGAUGCAUGAAGAAAUUCUCAAAUUCUGGUGCAAAAUUUCAGUAUGAUUGAUGGUUCCAGGCAUCAUAAUGCAGCAGCAAUCCUCUUCUGCAGUUUCUCCACACCAUAUCAAUCCUCCGCCUUCCUCUCUUAGGUCACCUUCAUCCACACCUCCCUCCGCCCACUCUCCGCUGCCUCUCACCACUCACGUCUCCAAUUCCCACCGGGAGCCAUGCGACCAUGUUGCCGGACCAGUGCUGCAAUCCGCCGCUGACUCUGCUGUAGCUAUGGCUUGCCCACUCGCCAGGGUCCGCUUAUCUGAUAUUGCCCCUUACGACGGUGCGCCUGCGGGGUCCUACGUGAGGGCGGUUGAGGCUUUGUCCGGAUCCUUGACGAGGUAUAAUGCGGCUGUGAUUGAAUUGGAGAAUGAAGCUGCUGCUCUCACUCGUUGCGGUCUUGAAGCGGCUAGGUUGUUUUUCAAAAGUAGAGCGCAAAGUGGAGGAAAGGGGCGCAGUGUUUAUAUGUAUAGAGCUGGAAGAGCAGUGGAAGAUUGGGACUCUUGUCCUCCCUGUAUGGCUGAUAUUUUUAGAUGCAUGGGUAAAGCAGCUCGGGCUGCCUUGUGUGCAAUAGCUAGGCAUCUUCGUUUGAGAAGCGAUGUUUUCAAUAAUUUGCUCGAUGACACUCCACUUCCUGCUACUGAUGUGUCCUCAUCAGUGCUUGUUGCAAUGCUCUUGCAUAAUAGCUCUUUGCACAAUUGCAAGGGUUCUAUUGGAGGAGGAAAGUCAGCAAUGAAUGUUGAGGUGGAGAAGGGGUUAUUGACAUUGUUUUCCUCAGACAAUCCUGGUUUACAGGUUUGUGAUCCCAAUGGUCGCUGGUACCUAGCAGACGCUGUCUUGGCACCUGGAGAUCUGUUACUGAUUACCGGAAAGGCACUUAGCCAUGCUACAGCUGGCCUUCGGCCUGCUGCAUCAUAUAGAGUUGCUCCUGAUCAUUCCUUGGGCUCAAAUUGUGUUGGGAGGACUUCCCUUGCAUUUAGACUCAUGCCCCAGACGAAUGCCAUACUAGACUGUUCUCCCAUUGCAGCAGCUGGUCAUGUCAUCCCCCAAAGAUAUGGUCCAGUCUCUGUUAGCCAAUUCAUGGAUGAUCUUUCUGCUGAGGAAGAUGUAUUGUGCACUCAUCUGGAUAAGGAUAAUAAUUGUAUAGCUCGAAAUGAUCAAAACAAGGAAGCCUCGCUAAGAAGUGUUCUCUCAGAUCCACUAUCAGGUGCAUUCCUUGAGGAUGCGAUGUUUGUUUCAUGUGGACAUUCAUUUGGUGGUCUCAUGCUGAGGAGGGUCAUUGAGACGUCAAGGUGCACCAUUUGCAACUCAGAAAUUGAUGCUGGGUCCUUGAUUCCUAAUCUAGCACUUAGAGCGGCAGCCUCAGCUGUGAAGCAUGAAGAUGAUAGGAGGCUAUUCCACAAUGCUGCAGUGAGGAAGCGUCGGAAAGAAAUGGGAGACCAUAUGGAUCCAAUGAGAAGAUUAAACAGGGAAAAUGGUGAUCUUGCCAUUGAUGAUGGCAUCCAUCGAGGAGUGCAGUAUCCUUUUGCAGAAAAUGAAAAGGUUCUAAUUAAGGGAAACAGGAGAACACCAGAAAAAUUUGUUGGGAAAGAAGCAGUCAUCACAUCCCAGUGUCUCAAUGGCUGGUAUUUGCUAAAGAUCAUUGGUACUGGAGAGAAUGUUCGGUUGCAAUAUCGAUCUCUUAGGAAGAUCCUUAACACGACACCAGCUAAUGAUAAUAGCGGUCCUCCACAGCCACUUCAGCACACUUGCUCAUAAAUCGACAUCUUUCUGGCUGUUGAUUAUCAUUAAUCCAGAGCAACAAGUAAAAUUCUAAUCAUGGUUUUGGUCAGCAAAAGGUUGUGGAUGUGUUUUUGGAGGUGAUAUAUUUAUUUUCAUGAUUGUACAUCAGAACACCAGCUGUUAGUCUUAGGUUUCUCUUACAGGCUUGUAAAAAGAAUCCUUGAAAAUGUAUUUAAUUUUUCUCUUUUCUCUUCUUUUUUUUUUUUUUUUUUUUCUCUCUUUUAGUUCUUGGAUUACCAUUAAAUUAUAGGCCCAAGAAAACCUCUAAUAUGUAUCAUUAUAUGAGUCAUGAGAUAAAUUAUAUGCAAAUUGGGACUGGAGGCAAUGUAUUGUGGGCAGAGAACACUUGGCAUCUUCAA